GCAGCAGCACCUGUGGGUUGGGAUGGCGGAGCUCGCCCUGAGCGCGGAGGCGGUGCUGGGCUUCCUGCGGGAGCGCGGCGGGCGGGUGCGCAACGCCGACCUGGUGAGCGCCUUCCGGCCGCUGCUGGAGCCCGCCGGGGCCGGGGCCGGGGCCGGGGAGGCGGCGGAGGGGCGCGCGGAGCGGCGGGAGCGGUUCAAGGCGGCGGUGAACGCCGUGGCCACGGUGAAGGACAUCGACGGCGCCAAGUUCGUGGUGCUGCGGCGGGAGCUGCGCGCGGCCCCGCCUGCGGGGGGCGCGGUGUUGCCGGGGGGCGAUGCCGGCCCGGCCCCGGUGCCUGUCCCUGACCCCGGCCCGGGGCCCGGCCCCGCCGGGACGCCCCCCGAGGAGCCGCCGGGGCCGCGGGCGGUGUCGGAGCUGCGGGGCCUGUUCCAUGGCGGUGGCGGAUGGGUGCCCCUGCCCGGCGGCGCGGGGGGGGCCCGUCGGGAGCCGCCCCCCAAGCCCUGCAUGCUGCCCGUGCGCUGCGUGCCCGUCCCCGCGCCCGGGCCGCCCGGGGAGCCGCCGGCAGCGCCUUCCGAGCCGCCGGCAGCGCCGUCGGAGCCGCCCGCAGCCCUGUCCCCGCCGCCCCUGGAGGACGAGGCCGGGUCCCGCUCCCCGGGGCUGCGGCGGGGGCCCAAGGCCCACCGGGGCAGCGAGGAGACCGUGGUGCCGCUGGAGCAGGCGGAGCACCAGUGGCUGGUGCUGGCGGCCGGCGGGCAGUGGACGCAGCAGCUCCACGGGCUCCUGCUGGGCGAUGCCAGCCUGGCGGCUCGCAGGGACUUCGUGUCCGGCUUCACCGCCCUGCACUGGGCCGCCAAGAGCGGCAACUGCGACAUGGUGACCAACAUCAUCCGGGCGGCCGAGAAGGGGGGGGCCCGGGUCAACGUGGAUGCCCGGUCGCACGGCGGGUACACGGCCCUGCACCUCGCCGCCAUCCACGGCCAGGAGAAGAUCAUCACCAUGCUGGUCUACAGCUACCACGCCAACACCGACCUGAGGGACUACAGCGGGAAGAAGGCGCACCAGUACCUGAGGGAAGGGACCUCCCUCGCGAUCAGGCGCCUGCUGGGGGACCCCAGCCUUUCCCAAAACACGGAGCACUCCAUGCCCAUCAAGAAGUCCACAAAGCUUGCAGCUUCAAUCUUGAGCUCCACUAGCACCUUCCUGGGGGUCAUAUCCGAUGACAUGGCUUUCUAUGAUCUCACCAAGGGUUUAAGGAAGCCCUCGACUUUAAACAAGCUUCUGGCUGCCACUACGGGCCCGAGGAGGAAGCCAAAGACCAGAGGGGGCUUCCCUUCGUAUUCCUCCCUCUCCGAGGUGAUGGAGGAGGAGGAAGAGGUCGUCGUGAAACGCAGACCCGUUUCUGAGCUGUUCUUUGGCCACUAACCUCUGCCUUACUGUGAUCAAAAUUGUUCAGUAACGUGGCUGCUGUCUCAGUUUUCUCU